AUGUUGUAAGAAAAUUAAAGGGAAAAUGAGAAAAAGUAGUAUUCAAUGUUCUAUCAAGAGGAUGAAAGAUCAAAGAGCCAUUUCUUAAAUUAAUAAUACCUCACUAAUUUCUUUGAAUUUACUAAUCAUUUCAAGGAUGCUGAUUUACCAAAUUAAGGAAAAUAGGAAGAAAAAAACCAACCUAAAUUCCCCAUAAUUAUAUAAUAUGAGCAAGAACCUAGAUAUGUAAAUCAGAAAUAAUAUAGACGAAUCAUGAUUCGAAGAAUUAAAAGAGCUUAAUAAGCAUUAAAACUCGAGGAAUUAAGAAAAGAAUAAGCAACAAAGGUUUUGGAUAAAUCCAAUUAAAAAUAUAUAUAUGAAUCAAGGCAUUAGCAUGCACUAAAAAGAGAAAGAGGACCAGAUGGAAAAUUUUUAAAAAAGCAGAAUUCUGCCGAGUCUCCACCAAAACUAUGA